AUGGAAUCUCUCGAAGCAGUACUGAACUUGUUGACAACGGGACCUCAACCAGCAAGGGUCAUCGACCGGAUUCGACAGCAUGUGCUUCUGUUUGCCCAAGACCUGGACCGCCAGCGGGAUGAGGCAAAACGAGUCACCACGGAGGCCGAGGAACGGCAAGCCUCCCUGGCACAGAGAAUCGAAGCGUUCGAUGCCGCCAUCAAGGUUCUUAAUACUGAGAAUCUCACUUGCCGGGUCAAGGAUCUAGAUUUGUCCAGAGUCACCGACCACGAAUCCACUCGGUACGUUGCCCGCCUUCUGUCUCGGUGCGAUCUCUCUAACGUCCUCAGGGUGGCCAUUGGCGAGUGUUCCCGGAAAAUCACGACCGCGUGGGAAGGUCUGGAAAAAAUACUCGGCGCGCCUAAAGAGUCCGUCUCGACGGAUUUGUCGAAUUUCAAGGACGCGGUAGUCCCGCGCCUCGAAAGCCUCAAUAGUCAAAUCGGCGCGCUCGACAGCUUCUUGUUCCAACGACUAGGCGAGAUUCUGUCCCUGGAGCAAGUCAAGGACGCCGUCAGAGAGCAAGUAGGGACUAUGUCCUCGGAAAUCAAGGAAAACCUCUGGCUAGGCUUCUCCGAGUGCCGAGACCUUUCCAGGCGGAACUUGCAGCUCACCUCAACUGGCCAGGAUGUGAUUAAGGCUGCGGACCGCAGACUCGAUGUCAGCCUCCAGACAGCACUAGCCACUCAGACUGCUGACUUGAAGGACCACCUGGCCGUCUUGCUGACCAGCGAAGGUCUUCGCCAAACGGCCCAGUUUAGGAAUCAACUUGGCGCUACCAAGGACAGCCUGCAACAAGCGUUGAAGGACCAAGUCGCGCCUUGGCAGGCUCAGUUUGGUGCCUUGGCAACCGAGGACAGCAUCCAACAAGCGUUGGGUUCCCAAUCGAAGCAGUUGCGAGAAUCACUUGGCGCUUUCAUCACCAAAGACGGCCUUCAACAAGUGUUGGACGAUCAAACUGCGAGGCUGCAGAAUCACGCGACCCUCCAGGGCAUCCUCGACGCGCACACUGUCAAGUGGCAAGAGUCCCUCUCUUCGUCGUUAUCUGCAGCUAUCAGCCAAGCCUUGGCCAGCCACAGCGACCGUGAGCACCAGCGAGCCAUCGCCGAGUAUCAGCAAACCAUCGCCAAUCAAGACGCCGCGGCGAUCGAGAACUGGACUACAUACCGGGCUGGGCUUGAUGCUGAGAGGGAAAAGGGGAGUGAGCUAGCCCGGAAGGUCAACGAGACCCUUGAGAGCCAUCGACAGGAGUGCUCCCAAAAGGAUCAGCAGAUCCAGGAUGCCCACACUACCGUCCAGAAGAUGGGGGUGUUGAUUCAUUCGAGGGAUAGUGAAUUGGCUGACAAGGAUGGCUCCAUUCGAGACCUAGAGCAGCGUCUUCAGUCCAACGAAGCCCGCGCAAAGCGGGCUGAUGACGAGAUUCGAGCCUUGAAGAGCCAGCGUGACGAGGCAGCCCUCAGAGCGCCUGGUCCUACCCCGGCCAAGACGCAGCUGGAGACCCCAGAUCCCCGAAAGCGACCCCGGUCGCCGGGCUUACAAGGUGAAGCCACUAGACUCUCCAAGAUGUUUCUGGAGCUAUCAGAAUUAAGCCGCGAUAUUCCCCUGCUGCCGGAACACGUCGGGACGGUUGAGAUGCACGACAUUGCUCUCAAGGUCGCUCCCAUGAUCCUUGAGCCCGAUAUGAAGCGUGGGCUGAUGAGAUUCCUGGACGCCAAGAAGGAACAGUGGCACUGUGUGGAAGACGUAUGCAUCAGAGGCGUCUCAGCUGAACCCAGCCCUCGGAGGUAG